UUCGUGUUUCAUCUACACUCCAUACACUUGCUUGCCGCGAGCACGUGUUGGCUAUAACCUCAGUUAUUAUUUUAAUAAUUAACAAAAAUGGAAAAUACAAACAAACCAGAAAAUCCAGAGCACGUUGACAUGGACGUUGGUCAGUUGUUGAUUUCAGAUUUUAACAAAGUUAAUUUAAAACCAAAAUCGAACUGGGAAAAGGUCUUGACUUCAACGACGAGAGAUAAUGUUCAACUUUUAGUCAAUCAAAUCUGGACCUUGCCGGCGAAGUGCAUUGAAGAAGUAAUUGUUACAGAUUUACCAAAACCCACUUACGUUUUGCCCAGAUCUCGUAAGGUACCAAAUCCUAAAGCACUCACAAAAUGGGAACAAUUUGCCAAAGAAAAGGGCAUUCAGAAGAAAAAGAAGGGCAAAUCUAAACUCCAGUGGGAUGAUAUUCUCAAAAAAUGGAUUCCAACACAUGGUUACAAGAAGGUUGAAGCUCAGAAAACUAAUGAAUGGUGCAUUGAAUAUAAAGAAGGCGAUGAUACUGAUCCAAGAGAAGCUUUGAAGAAGGCUAAAACCGAGAAGGUAGCCAAAAACGAACUGCAAAGGCUCAGAAAUCUUGCCAAAUCCAAGAAUAUUAAAGUACCAAAAGUUGGAGUACUUAAUAGCGUUUCGGCUAAAGAUCCAAAACUAUUGGAAUAUGGUGCUAAGGUUGCUGAAGUUUCUACAGCUUCACUAGGUAAAUUCACUGAAAAGCCUCCACGUAAAACUGAUGGUAAAGUCACUAAAGCCAAAAAUAAAUUGAAAAAGAAGAAGAAGAAUACUACUGGCAGAAAUCCUGGCCGAGCUGGUAAAGCACCAGAGACAGCUUCAUCGAAAAAGCCAAAAGCUGGCAAAGGAAACCGUGAUUUCCGUAAAAAAGUUGGUGGAAGGAAACGAAGGAACUAGCCUCAUUCAGUUGAUGUGUAUAUAGUGUACUUAGUUUAAAUUAGCUUCAACAAUUUUCAAUUUCAAUAAUUUUCAAGUAAACAAUGUGAAUAAACUGUGGUACAGUUUAGUGAAAAAGAACUAAAGAUCGUUUUAUCAAUAAAUUUAUAAAUUUAUCAUAAA